AUGAAAUUGAUUUCCGUUUUCACAUCUCAAAAAAUCGCAUUCAUAUUUGAUACAAUAAACUCACAACAAUUUUCGAUUUCACACCAUGAAGACCAUUUAUCUCAAUGGGGGCUUCGAUUUAGGGCUUGGCUACGGUUCGAUUUCAGCAAUGGGAUGGUGUGCGACGUUGGCUCUGGCGGUGCAAGGGUGUCGUCGGUGCUCUGUGACGUCAAAGAUGCAGAGGCAGAAGAGAUGGGGGGGAGGGGGGGGGGGUGUUCGAUGAACGGAAGAAGAGAGACGAGGGUAGAGUUAUGGCAAAAAGGAAAUGCGUUCUUUUUUUUUCUUUCAGAUGCGACUUUAUGUCUGACCGAAUAUGAUGAUAUUUUCAGAUGCAAAUAUAAGAGUAUAAGAGAUGUGUGUUGGCUUGCGGGUAUGGUGGGUUAUGGUGGUCCAGUGGUGUGUGAUGUGGGUGGCGUUAGAGGUGAUGUUCAGGCUGAUGAACAAGGGAGAAGAAGGUUAGGAGGGCUGAUUAGAAGGGGUGAUGACGGGAUGGUUGUAAUGGAGUUCAAGGUAAUAGGGGAUGGCAAUGGUAGUGACCUUCAAGGGAGCGAGGAAGAUGAUAAAGCUUUAGGUGGAUAA